CCGCAUGUCCCACUCUGGGUUAGCCUCCGUGUCCGUGUGCAGAUGUAGGCAGCUGUCAGCUGGUUGCACACGGGGUUCGGAUGUUGCCAGUCAGAACUCUAUUUGAUAAGGAACGUGUAGAAUUUGGAACAGAGCUGCCACAAAUCAAGGUUAUGUUUUAUUUAUUUAUUUUUUCUUUCACGUUUCAAAUUAAAUGUCAGCAGUGAGCCAGGCUUGUGGUAGAGGAUAUCGCAUCACUGUAAUACUGAGUGUUGUCUUGUCUAUUUCAGCAACUAUGAGGAAAAAUGAUGGGAGCACAUUGUCCUCCUGCAGAAACAGGAGGGCAUCUUCAGGAGAUACCGUCGGCCUCUCCGAGGGGGACCUUUUACUGCAGGCUCUGGAUGGUUUCAUCUUGGUGGUGUCCACCGAGGGCUGCAUCUUCUAUGCUUCUCCUACUAUCCAAUAUUUCUUGGGUUUCCAUCAGUCAGAUGUUAUUCACCAAAGCAUUUAUGAGCUGAUCCAUAUCGAAGACCACGCCGUGUUCCGAUGGCAGCUCUACUUUGCCUUCGACUCAAAGGAUGUUGGUGAUGCGCCAGGCAACAGCGAGAAUCACAGUCUUCAUCUACUCCCUCCGGAGAACUCCAUUCUCCUGGACAGGAACUUCUGCUGCCGCUUCCGAUGUCUCCUGGACGGCUCUUCUGGAUUCUUGGCCCUGAAUUUUCAGGGGAGGCUGAAGUAUCUACCUGGAGACGAGAAGCCUGUGGAGAGGAUCUCAGGGGCACAGUCGCGCCUCGCUCUGUUUGCAGUCGCCAGCCCUGUACAGCCUUGUGGCAUCUUGGAGAUCAGGACCAAGACUCUCAUUUUCCAGACCAAACACAAGCUAGACUUUGCACCAUUGUCAGUAAAGGGCAAGGUGGUUUUGGGGUACACAGAGCUUGAACUGUGCUCAAGAAGCUCUGGCUACCAGUUUAUUCAUGCAGCUGAUAUGAUGUACUGUGCAGACAGUCACCUAAGAAUGAUGAAGAAGGGAGAUGCUGUCUUCAGGCUCCUGACCAAGAGCGGCGUGUGGGUCUGGGUCCAGGCCAGCGCCCGAGUCAUGUUCCAGGGAGAGAAGCCUGAUUUCAUUAUCGCUCAGCAGAAACCCUUAACAAAUGAAGAGGGUGAGGAACAUUUGCGACGAAGGUCCCGGCAACUUCCGUUCAGCUUUGCAGGAGAAGCUGUCCUGUAUGAAACCGUCCCCAGCGUAAAGGACCCAACGGUGCAGAGCUGCCCAUAUACUUCCACUGAGAAGAGCAGACCCCCAGAUCAGACAGGCUUGGGCUGUCUCCCCCUCCUGGGCUCCUUACUCAGACAGGACCAGUCUGUCUCCAUCCAACCCCCAGAGCCAGAAAUCCAGAGCCUCCUGGUCCAGCCCUUUGCAGACAGUCACACGCUCAGUGUACCCAGUGCCACCCAGAAGCUGGACCCUCCAGAACCCAGCCGAGAGCAAAUCCCAGAGAAGGGAGGCAUGAAGGGAGCUCUGAGGAACCUGGAGGUGAACCGGGAAGACCUGAUGGAAUGGGACAAAGCCUUAUUGAGGAUCCGUCUAGAGAGAGGAGAAGAGCCAGCCCAGCUGAAUGGCAUUAUGGCCAGCGACGUGUUUGCAUAUGUAGAAGAGGCUCUGUGGAAAGAGAGCAGUCUGACGGACUCUGAGCAGAGCGAGCCUAAAGCAGCAAGCUCGGGGAAAGCUGAGACUUCUGGGACUUCUCAGAGUGAGACGAUGGAGCUGCUUCAGAGUGGCAUGUUGCCCACCAAGCCACAUUCAGAGUCAGCUGUAUACGGGUGUGAAGAGCAAGGUAAAUCCAGCAAGAGGAACGCGAGCGGUUUUCUGGGUCUUGGUUUCCAACCACUGCUCUUAAAAACCACAGACCUGAGCCCCCACAGCCCCUCUUAGUUCCUGUUUCCACUGCAUGACAGUCAUUCUCAGUCUGAACACACACAGGCCUUAUGUAUACAUUCUGCAUUAAAAAAAAACGCAAUUUGCCGAUUUUAGUGUUUCAAACAUUUGUUAGAGCAGUUCACAGAAUCCUAGUCGACAGGCCAAAGCUAACAUGCAAUAGGCCAAAACAUUUGGCAGCCACAGAAACAGCAACAGGUCGUCCUUCAGGUAUUGGGGUAUGGUCAAAAGAACUACACUGGCCAUAAUCCCACAUCAGCAGCAGAUAUCCAACAGGGCCAUCUCCAUGAUGUUUACUGUUCAGGAGCUACGGUCACAGGGCCAAGAUGACCACAGUUCACUGGCUGUAGCUUUAAGACAAGCGUCGCAGGCCUGGUGCAGAUGUCUAGCCCAGGGCUGGCAGUCACACUUCCUGUCAGACAGUCAGAAAUCCGGACUCAGCAAUUACUGUAAAGAGUUUAUUGAACUGGAAGGGAGUUCUAGCAGUUCAUAAAGCUGGCUCAACUAAAUUAAUGUGUAGUCAUGUCAGAUUUGGGCCUCGCUGUAUGGACUCUCUUACAUUAAGUUAAUUUAUUCCUCAAUGUGUCGAUCGCUUGGCCAAGAACCGUGGUAACGCAGCUUCCAUCGAGAGGUAAAUGUCUAGCAGACAUUCUGAGAAGCUAGUACAUCUGGAGAAUGUCCCCCUAGGAACGUUCUGGGAAGCUAGUACGUCUGGAGAAUGUCUCCCUAGGGUCCUUUGGUCCCCAGGAGCACGGCACACGUCUUGACAACAUUGUAUUCUAAUUUGCAUAGUGUUUUCAGCAUUAGCAUUAAAUCCCACAUGGACACUGAAUCAUACUCAUAGUGCAUAUUACAUAAUUAUGUCAAAUAGCAAUUUACUGACCUUGAUCAAUAGUGCCUUGUAGUUUAAAAUGUUCUCCUGGUUUGACAUUUUGCUACAUAUGGAAAAGUUAGAGCUGAAAUCUUUUAUAUGUACAUUUCACACUGACACUGAGGCACUAGAUUUGUAUUACUGUAUAUCAUGUGUAUGUUGUCCUAUGGCAGCUGUCCAUAGUUUCAGUGCAAGUCAUUUAAGCUAUAAGUAGUAAAUAAUUUGAUAGGAUAUCAUACUAAAAAUUGUAUGGUAGAAAAACUCCACAUUUGGCACAUUGGUGGUAAACGCGUCGCACUUUGGCUAUUUAUGUGCUGCGUUUUAAGCUUUUAUGUUACUAAUUUGAUGAGAGCCCUGCGAUUAGAGGGGCUGCAGAAAUCUACACGGGUUAAUGAUAAAUGUCUCUCAUAUACUGAUUACAAUCUGUUUAUUAUGACCUCUUAUAUUUCGUUAAUGUGCUGCACACGUCACUGUUAAUGAUUUAAUGACUAAACAUUUCACUCAUCCAAAGAUUUCAUUGCAGUCUACUAUAUUUCACUCAGAGGACACUGUCACAUCGGCUCUUCUGCUGCUUUGACAACAAAAUUGUGUUUUACUGUAUUUCCUCUGUUAAUAUGCCUGUUAUUGACUUUUGAUAUUUGUACUGCACGAUUAGUGUAAAAUGUAAUAACGGGGCAUUAGAUAUGUUUUUGCAGGAAUGUAAACAAUUUUAAAAUAAGAAUUUGUUACCUAAACAAAAUUACUUCAACUUUGACAGCAAUGACAAUGUAGGAAUAACUUCUGAAAUCGCACACUCCUAUAUAUGCAGCCUGUUUAUUUUCUGUAAUAAUUAAAGGACAGGUGGGUUAAAUCAUUGGUGUGGGUCAGGAGCUCUGUGAGAGGAGACAGCAUAUUGCCACCUGUUUUACAUAACGGCCUGCACCCUCCCCCAAGAUGCCGUGCUGUUUGUGCGUGGGUGUGUUUGGGUGUACAGUAGACAGAGAGGGAACUCUUUGGUAGCACGUUGUGUUCAUCACCACAUACCACCUUUAAUACAACACUUCGUGUCCGUGGGAAUGGGAGUAUAGGAUACGAACCCUCCUGCGUGUCGACUCCUUUACAAGUGACAUGCAGCCCAGAGCUCUCAUAAUACAAAGAUCUCUUUGAUUUUGGCCAAAACUUUUAAAAGGGUGUGCUAAGUUGCUCCUCUCUUGUUAGUCAUAGGAUCUGUUAAAUUGCUUACAGUGUGCAUAACCUCAAAAGGACAGAGGCUACCAGCUGGUUGUAAUACUAGAUGUUUUCUAAUAUACUUUCAGCCUCUGAUCCAGUCUGAAUUGGGAUGAAUCUAGAAGCAAAUCUAAAAUGAACUGCAAUCAAUAUUUGUGGUAAAUUUACUCAUUUAAUACAAGGAACUUGAGGUGCAUCGUGCUCCUAAGAAAAUGUUUUUUUAAAACUGACCAGUUGUAGCAGCGUGAGAGGUAUGGCAACCUCAGCAGGUUUUGGUUGUGAGCACUGGUUUUACACUGCUUUUAUCUGGGGUACAUUUUCACCAUCAUGUUCAAGGAAGCAUUUCAGAGAAGGUCAAACCUCUUUGUAGAGUUCACACUUUUUCAAACUGUUGGUAUAUUCACCACCACUCUGUUAGUUCUAAAGUUUACUCACUGGGUUAGUUUCACUUGCCAGUUGAGAAUGUUAGUCAACCAUUUCCCCCCUAGGAGUGUGUCUGAUGGGUGGAGUGUUCUCAGACAAAGGGAUGUUUUUCCCUGCUGACAGAUUAGUGCUUCCCCCUUGUGGGCCUUUAAAACACUACUGCUAGAAUGGUCCCUGAUUUUCAUUUAAUGUGUUUUGUCCGGUCAUAGUUAAAUGGUAAAAUUCUGUAAGCUUUACUGUAAAUUCUUGAAGUAAAUUACAAAAGUAAAGUAAUGCUGAGGGCUUCUGUGAGCACACGUCUGGGUUAAGGGUAGGGUUUUGCCUAUAGAAAUACACUGACCUGGAAGUUUGUGAAAUUUGUAUGCCUACAGUGACAGAAAGUAUGCUUAAGAUGCUGCUGUCACAACAGUCAUCAUCCUAGAAUAAUAAAAAUACUCAUGGCUCUGAGCAUUGGUGUUUGUGCUUGGCGAAAGAGUUUAAUAAUGAAAUGGAAAGCACUGAGGACUCUUAUUUAGUCAGGCUGUCAGUAUGCCAGCACAGGAAGUCUACUUUAAACUGUUUAUUGCCAUUAACAGUCAGUAAUUUGCACACUGCAUACAGAAGGAAAAAUACACAUCCGUGUUAAGGACAUCACUAAUGGGAACGUAAGGUCAGAGUAAUUCACUCCCGGCCAGCAUGCAGCAUCCCUGGACGCAGUACGUUCAAGGGCACGGGAUUAUGGAUUCCCCGACAAGGUCACGUGUGCUUGGCCUGACAGACACCAGGAGGUCACGGAGGUUGAAGGAGAUGACCGACAUGAUGCACUGACCUCACUGACAGAGUUGCACAAGCAGACCUGCUGACCUGGUGGACAGAGAUCUAGAGGACGAUGGAGAAAAGGUCUGGCCGAGAGAGCUGCAGAUACGAGCGCAGUAGUAUUUACUUCUGACAUUUGUAGUAUUACUGCCAAAAUUGUUCCAGCUGGGUUUUGUUUGUUUUAGUACAGCAUGGUUUUAGAAUCAGAAUUAGAAUGUGUGCUAUCUCUAAGACAGCCUUGUGUCUGGGCAGCGUUUGUGAACAGACAUGGUCUGUCUGGCUUUUAGGAGUGGGGCUCUGCUGAUGUGAACAGGCUACAGGAUUUAAGCCCCGCCCCUUUGCCCUAUUGCUUCUUCUGGGUCUUGGGGGCAAAAGUGAGGUGUGUUGGCCGCUGGACCGAGCGUGAGGAGGGUUAUUAUUCCCCAGCUCGUGCUAAAGUCCGCCGUUUGCAAAUGUGCGUUCUGGGCUUUUAACAUGGUUCAAAGGUAUACUUGGUAUUAUUUAUAGAGGCCAGUCACAUGUAAAUCAGGAUCCUUUCAGAUUUAAACCAAAUCCAAAUCCCUGCUGCAGUGGUAUUGGUGAGGGAGGCUCUCAAAUAAAGAGUGCAGAAUCAGUCUCUAUGACAGUAGCGAUUCCACCGUUCCACCAUUUGGGGCGCUGUUCACCUUUAUUUAGACAAACCACUGUGUUAAGUGACCUGCAAAACUGCCUUUAGUGAUUUGGAAAUCUGGAAAUUUAAGGUGUGUGUGUGUAUGUGCGCGCGCGCGUGUGUUUGCAUUCAAUAUGUUUGUUUCAUCUUUAUUUAUCACAAUAUUCAAAUAUAAGUAGCCUAUCUGAAAUGCAAUUCCAACUUUCCAAAAUGAUGUUAUUGUAAUUUGCUGUUAUUACAGAAAUAUUAAAUAC